AUGACAACAUCCGCGCUGGAGCAAGUGCGGGAACUUGGUCAACUCAACCCGGACGCCAGAACGUCAGGAACACUCCGACAAGAUGGAACAACCAUCACCGGAGGACAACAUGCUCGAACCAUCUUCACCACGUCGGGCGGAGCAAUGAGCAACACCGCCGUUAGAGGCGCACAACCUACCAUACUAGGGCUAAAUCAGACGGCCACGCCGCCAACCCAGGUUAACCAACAGCCUGACGGACACGGUCCAAGGGAGUUCACCCAAGACCAGCUGUUCACCAAUGAAUUCACUCAACCAGCCACAACCGGCCCAUACGCAAUCAGAGAUGAAAACUUGGCGAGAAAGCUGGCGGAAAUGGAGGCCUUGAUCCAGCGAAUUCCCGGUGUCCCGGCACCCAUCCACAAAAGUUCAGAGAACUGCUAUGCCGACUCGUCAUUUGUGGAUGAAAUUGCCUUGGUGGAAAUGCUCGUCAAGUUUAGCUUUCCGAGCAUGCAAAUGUUCGACGGCACGACGGAUCCGACCGACCACAUCGCUCAAUAUAAACAAAGGAUGUUCACUGCCGCAAUUCCUCGUGGAUUGAGGCAGGCCUGCAUGUAUAUAUUUGUGCAGCAAUAUGCUAGUAGCAGGAAACUUGAAAAGAUAUCGGAGGAUCUUUACGCCGUGGUGCAACAGCGUGGCGAGCCUCUUCGAGAUUACAUCAGCCGAUUCAACAAAGAGAAGGUGUCCAUCACAAAUUGCAACACCCAAACGGCGGUCACCGCCUUCCGGAAGGGUCUUCUGCCCGACUCAGACCUCUACAAAGAUCUCACCAAAUACCCUUGUAGAACAAUGGAGGACGUCCUUGCCAAAGCAUGGGCACAAAUCAAAUGGGAGGAAGAUCAAUACAGCCACCACCGAUCUUCACCAAGCGGAAACACUAGAAGAGACUCCAGGGUGGAUAGAAGGACAAAUGAUAGGCGGUCUGAGCCUUACCCAUCUUCACGACACGAAUACAGAAGGAGACAGUAUGACCAACCUUACGAGACGCGACCACGUGAAAGGGCCAAGAUCCCAGAGUACAACUUAUCUAUCUCACCAGCCGAGGCGGUCUUAGCUCUCAAGAAUCUAGGCAACAAAGUCAAAUGGCCAGAAAGGAUGAGGGCCCCAGCUGACCAGAGGGACAGAUCCAAAUGGUGUGAGUUCCAUGCAGAUCAUGGACAUCGGACAGAGGAUUGCAUCGCUCUCAGAUUGGAAGUGGCCCACCUACUAAAUCAAGGCCACCUCACCGAUUACCUGACCGAAAAGGGCAAGCUUACCCUACAACAAGGAAGGGACAAGCAAGAGAAACACAGAGCCGACAGCCCGCCAGACCCACCACACCAUGAGAGAACUGUGAACGUGAUAUUCGGAGGCUCCGAAGUCAGCGGAAUCACCCACUCAGCCGCCAAGAGACACGCCAGACAGGCUAGAUCAAGCAAAACAGGGGCUCUGCCUUCCGGCAAAGCUGGACCAACGGAUCCAACCCUAACAAUCAGCUUUGCAACAUCUGAAUCAGACAAGCUUCUACACCCUCAUCAUGAUGCUUUGGUUAUUUCCAUUUAUAUUGCUAACUGUUUAACAAAGCGUGUGCUAAUAGACAAUGGUAGCUCUGCCAAUAUUUUGUUUUUCAGUGCAUACAGGGAGAUGGGUUUGGACGAGUCCAAGCUAAUCAAGAAAGCGGUCGUACUCGUUGGCUUCAGUGGCGAGAGUACGACUACCGUAGGGGAGAUUGAUCUUCCCGUUUACGCAGAGGGAGUCAACCUCUCCACUAGGUUUCUGGUGGUAGACGCCCCAUCAGCAUACAACGUCAUCCUAGGCCGUCCAUGGAUCCACGAAAUGGAAGUAGUACCAUCUACCUAUCAUCAAGUCAUACGAUUCCCAACCAAGUGGGGAGUUAAGGAGAUCAAGGGAGAGCAGAAGGACUCCAGAGCGUGCUACCAAACUACUAUGAAGGCGAAAAACCCAUCCUUAUAG